AGAGAGAAAGAGAGAGGCUGGUCGUGACACUCCCCCAGUUCAGGGAGCGCUGCAUCCUGCUUCUAGUCCCACCUACCAGGAGGAGGAGAAUCGUAGUGCUGCCUGAGCAGAGCCCUCACUCCUCACCACAGUGUGGAGCACCCAGCUGCACACUCACGCAUACAUACACACACACACACACACAUACACUCGCGCUCACACACAGGCACAAUUACUUCCACUCGCGCAUUCACACUCGCACAGGCAAGUGGAAAGACAAGGAGGCAGCGGGAAAAGAAGGCAUCAACCAAACGCUGGAGAGAAAGAGCACUGUGUGGUGUGUGGACUUGGGUCUGGGUUCAGGAUUGUACUGGAUUUCCCUUUUAGGGGAGUUUGUGCUGCUUCCCCUGGUGCUCAAAGCCGGACUCCUUGUGAGCUCCUUGUUCCCAGGGACGGUUUUGGUCUCACUGACUGUGAUCAGAUUCAGCUCUCUCAGCGCAGCUACAUCAUCCAUCUGCAUCGCUUCUUUGUGUAUCAGCCAGAGCAGGACACACUGGAGCAGACUGUCUUGGAAUAUCUGACAGCCUUGGGAGAGAUCUGACAUUGUGCAGACACAAGAGAACCAAAAACUACAGAGACAGAGACAAAGUCGAGGCAUGAGCAGGAGACAAGGAGCUCGCUUUCCAUAAGAAGUGAUAUCUGCCACCCCCUCCUUCCUCCUUCUUCCAUCGCCUCUUUCCCUUCUCUUCGUUACCGCUGCUCCUUCUCUUUCUGCACAGACCUUUCCUUCCCUGCCUCUCUGUUCUCCCUUCAUCCAAUCUCCCGUAGGAAGAGCAGGAGGAGAGUGCGGCUCGCACACUGAGAGCGCAACUCCCACACAGUGACAGACAUAAGGACAGCCGGAGGUCCCGUGGCACUCCCCAUCACUCUCUCACACUCUCUCCAUCCUCUUUUCACUGCCUUUUCUGCACGGAUCUAGCCUCUGGCCCAGCAAGCAGAGGCAUUCAGAGUUUUGGAGUGAGCACACGAGUCUCAGUAUCCUGCCACGGCCAGAGGGAUUCCAGCUACAUGGGCAAACGCUUGGAACAGCAACCAAUGUACCCCCAGUACACCUACUACUACCCUCACUAUCUCCAGACUAAGCAGUCCUAUGCCCCUCCCCCUCCUCCAAUGGCUCCACCCAGUCCCAGCACCAAUAGCAGCAGCCAGAGUGCAGUGGAGCAGCUCAGUAAAACCAACUUAUACAUCCGUGGCCUCCCUCCUGGCACCACCGACCAGGACCUCAUCAAACUCUGCCAACCGUAUGGGAAAAUAGUGUCAACAAAGGCAAUCCUCGAUAAAAACACCAACCAGUGCAAAGGUUAUGGCUUUGUGGAUUUUGACAGUCCUGCUGCAGCGCAGAAAGCCGUGGCCUCGCUGAAGGCUAAUGGAGUGCAGGCCCAGAUGGCCAAGCAACAGGAGCAGGAUCCCACUAACCUGUACAUCUCCAACCUUCCUGUGUCCAUGGAUGAGCAGGAGCUGGAGAACAUGCUCAAGCCCUUCGGCCAUGUCAUCUCCACACGGAUACUACGGGAUGCCAGUGGAGUCAGCCGGGGAGUUGGCUUUGCCAGGAUGGAGUCCACUGAGAAAUGUGAUGUGGUGAUUCAGCAUUUCAACGGCAAGUUCCUCAAAACCCCUCCAGGAGUGCCAGCCCCCACAGAGCCGCUGCUGUGUAAGUUUGCAGAUGGGGGUCAGAAGAAGCGACAGAGCCAGAGCAAGUAUCCCCAGAACGGCAGACCGUGGCCUCGGGAAGGAGAGAGUGGCAUGGCGUUACCCUACGACCCUGCCGCAAUGCAGAAUGGGUUCUACUCCUCUCCAUACAGUAUCUCCACCAACCGCAUGAUCGCCCAGACAUCAAUCACACCAUUCAUCGCUGCCUCUCCGGUUUCCACAUAUCAGGUGCAGAGUACGUCCUGGAUGCCUCACCAGCAGUAUGUUAUGCAACCUACUGGUGCUGUGAUUACGCCAGCCAUGGACCACACCAUAUCCAUGCAGCCAGCCAACAUGAUGGGGCCCCUCACCCAGCAGAUGAACCAUCUGUCCCUCGGCACCACUGGCACUUACAUGACAGCGGCAGCUGCUGCGGCUCCUAUGCAGGGAACCUACAUUCCCCAGUACACUGCGGUGCCUGCCUCAGCCAUCUCAGUGGAGGGUGUGGUGACAGAGGCUUCUCCGCAGAGCGUUCCUCCCUCUUCCCAGGAUGCCAGCGGGCAGCAGCAGCCUCUCUGUGUGGAUGGCACAGCCGAUCACACACCCACCUACUCCUACCAGCCUGCUAAAUAACAAGAGGAGGAGGAGGGGGUGUUUGGGUGACUGCGUUGCCUUGAGAUUGGGGGGACUGUGCUGAGGACAAAAAGAAAGACUGAGCAGAAGAUGUUUGGGUCCACCUUUGCACAAGCACCAAACAAAAGAGAGAAUUUAUCAGACAUCUGCGCAGAGCAAGAGAAGCCAGUGAAAGCCUACAUCAUGGUCAGAGAGGAGAGAGAUAUGCAGUCGUGGAGUUAGAGUUUAAUGGAUAUCUACAACUUUACAAGACAUUUUUCUUCAUGAAGUGUUGAAUUUCAAGUACAAAGUACAAAGUUUUCCAGUUCUUUUCUGAAUGUGCAGGUAGGUUUUCAGCUAUGGUGAGUUUUCUAUUAGAGGAAGCAUGAGAGAUAGAGAAUGAGAGAAAAAAAAAAGAAGUCUUCCUCAGAUUCUAAGCUACUUUUACUUUUGAUUUUUUAUGAGUUAUAUUUUAGUUUUCUAGAGAAUAUCAAUGUUUAUCAUCUUUGUUGCCUUAAUUUUGAGAAACGUCUAAGACCUUUCCCAAACUGAACGUCUUGUUGCAAAAAAAAAAAAAAAAAAUACAAAAAAAAAAUACAAAAAAAUUCAAAGAAACAAAAAAAAGCUGUCUGAAAGAACAAAUGGAACGGGAACUUAUCAUAUUACCUGUACAGAGGAAUGAGAAAGGUCUUGUAAAGACAUUUUAAAUUAUCAGUGGCGACUUUGUGUUUAAAAGAAAGGACAGUCAAAAUAUAGUGAUGUGUUUAAAGAGAGUUGCAUUUUUUUAGCAAAAAAAAAAAAAAGAAAAUGUUAAAUCACUGCAUCCUGGGAAAUGCAGUUUAUUGUGUAGUGGAGAUCAUUUUUAAUGGCAUUAUUGUUUUUAUCUGCAAUAUUUUUAUGAGCUUUAAGGUGUUUUCAGCCUGCUUUGCUUGUUUCAUUGCAAAAAAAAAAAAAAUCAAAAACUAAAACCAGGAAAAAAAAAAAAAAUACUGGCAGUGCAAAAGUACGUAGAUAGGAGCUUUUGAAUUAAAAUAAAGCAAAUGUGUGCAAAAAGCAAUAGUAAUAGGAAAUUGUUGACAAUUUCUUUAGUCUUUCUUAGCUGUGGAUCAAAAUGCAGCCCAUGGAUGGCAUAUUUUAUACCAAAGAUGAAGAAACCCCGUAGAGACAGUGGAGUAGAUAUUUUUUUUUCUUUCUACUUGAUUUUUUUUUUGCCUUGUUGUUCUAGUCUCUGUGUCUCAUAAGUAUUUGUUUGACCUUGAUGGCCAGACCAGUACUUACAUUUGGGGUGGGUUCUGGGGUUAAACUUCCUUCCUCUGCUGCAGCUUUCCUACCAAUCACUCAGACGGAGAGAGGGCAAUACUCCUAGAUUGCAUGCGUUGUAUUGAGUGUGGUGUCUCCCCAGCAGAUGGCAUUAGAGAAGCUGUAAAAAGGAAAGUUCUCUGACUCUCAGCUCUGUACAUCUCUCUUACAGCACCCAUGGGUCACUGACUCAACGUCUCUCAGUGUUACAUUUUCAACAUGGCUCCUCCGAUUCAGCUUUUCUGAAAUGACAAGCUUUCAGGAAACGUUUUAAGGGUUUCACGUUCUCAGUGUUACAAACGUCAUAUCCUUUGCCAAAAUUCCAGUAGUCACAUGUGUGUAUUUAAACUCUUUCACAGUUUGCUACCUCAGUCUUAAGCAGUUCUACCACAAGGAAACAGGAAGCUAAAUGUGUUAUGGAAAUGGUUUGGGAUACAUACUGGGAGUGAACUACCUGACAGGCCGCAUGAUAAAGCUCAACAGAAUUUCUUCUCGUGCCAUAGUGUUUCCCAGACGCACUCAAGUAAACAUCCCACUUUACAAAAUGUUCACACUGACAUGUGUUGAAAACCCCAACGCUGGUGAAGUUAAUCAGUUACAGUGAAAAACAAGGUGAUUUUUUUCAACGUGCGUGGGAUCAGGUGGUUACUCCAGUGCCUUGUCAAAAAAAAAAAAAAAAAAAGCAAUGAAGAGCUAAAUCUAAAUAAGAGUGAGAUGUACCAGGCAAGACAUGCUAACUGUUUAGACCACACAUGCUAGUUCUCACCUCAUUCUUAGCAAACCAGUUCGCAAGGAAUGCUAAAACAUAGGAGUCACCUUAGAAAAAAAGAAAGAAAAUGUUUACCUGUUAUCCAUAAUUCACUAAUUCACUAACGAUCAAUAACUAUUUCAUUGCUCAACAUGAAGUUUAAACACACAUAGUGACAUUUCUGCUGGUAGCGAUGUGCUUUGUAUGCUACACAUUGUUCACUGAUAGCUUCACGGUCAGUUAUUUUGAGAGUUUUCCUGAUGUACCCUACUCCAUAAUGAUGCUGAAAAAUCAAGGAAGUCUUUUUAAGACCCCAUUAUUCUGAAUCGAGGACUUGAGAUAUUUGUUGCACCAACACAUAGCUAGUUGUUAAUCUGCAUGAAUAGUUUGUUCAGCCUCAUCUCUCAUCAUUGUGUCUUCACUUAGGGCAUCUCUGGGUGCUAACCAGUUUCCUCCUCAGCACUUACUGGCUAACAUCCUAUACAAAUGAGCCACUACAGGUCAGGGUAUGAGCAAAGCUGGUGACUUGUAGUGAAGAUUCUUCUGUGUGUUCCCUUUUCUAUGUUGCUGAAGCAAACUGGUAGCUGCUGAUACCAUAGAAUUCGAUUUCUACUGCCAUGAAUGAAACAUUCUCUCACAGUGAUGUAAUUAAACUAUGUGGAUGCUGGGGUGGGGGGACAGGACAGGGACUUUUUUCCUUUUUGUCUUUGGAAUAAUGAGUAUAAUGGAACAGGUGUGAUGAAUACGAAACCCUCUCUGCCACGUGUCCUGAUGAAUAGGCUACAGUGUGGAACCAGUCAAGGAAAGCUCUGUUACAGUAUGGAGGUCGAGCUUGCUACACAUUUCCAUUUCUCUCAAUGAAACAAAUUCUGUUUCUUUUUCUACUGUGUUUUUGGAACAUUCAUUUUAUCAUGUAAUUGCUGCUAAAAAGCAUUCAGUAUUGGAGGGCUACAGUGGCAGAUGGGAGGCGAUUAAGAGACUGACUGCUGCUUUGAUAAGGACCACAGUGUUAGCAGAGCAGCUACAUUCCCACCAUGGAAAGGGUCCAAAUGCCUCCUGUAUAGCAGAGUAUGUACACUGCAGAUACAGAUGGAGCUGCUCUAAAUGGUAGAACUAAACUCUCAUUUUGUUGCUGUAUUACAGCCUACAGUAAGUAAACUGUGCUCUUCCAUUCCUAAUGGGAUUUUCACACUGUAAAAUCCAACAGCAAGCCGAAUUAAACUGUUCACCUACUGCAAAAAAAAAGGUCAAAUUCUUCUCGAGGAGCAAAUCUAAAUGAUCUAAACAGGAAAAACAUAAAGCGGAAUAUUCCAUAAUCCCUAAAUUAAUCCCUAAAUCAUAAUAAAUACUUGACUUUAUAGGAACAAUGCAACGUUGUUUAAUGAGUUCAUUGCUGGGUUUUACAGUGCAAUGAACUUGAAACCUUAACACUACAAACCGUAACACUACAUAUUUCAUUGGCUGUUAAGAUUCCAGUGUUGUGUUUUCAAAUAUAAUUAAAUAAGAAACUUUACUGACCAAGCAAGAGCUGUGGCUUUAAAAACAAGGAAGGUCAUGUUGUGACAGCACAGAAGCUAUUCACUAUGAUCUACCAGAUUCAGCCAAAACAGCAAAACCUCUGUGAGAAAUUAACUUAUUUGAGAGGAAAUGGAAAACUAUUUAUGGAAAUCUUUUUAACUAUACGUGUGUUGAUGAAAAGAUUAUGGAAGUGAACCAAUUCUAGGAUGCUAUUUUUUUUCAUGCUGCACAUUCAUGCCUCCUGUGUGUUCGAGUAGUGAUCCUGAGAGUUUCUGUAAAUCAGUGGAUGUUGAGUUUAAACUUCUGUUUAUUAUAAUGAAUUAUUAUUUCAAUGAAGCUUUCAAUAAAAAAAGGUCAAAAUCUCA